ACAUAGUGAUUAUUUUCUCUGUGAUUGUAUUGUAUUAAUUGAAAAUGAAAAUAGUCUGAUUAUUCAUUGUUUUCUGUGAACAAAAAUUCUUUUAAUUUGUUUAAUUGCUAAUAAGAGUGGUUUUUAUCAUAAUGAAAUUGUGUAUAUUUAUUUAAUAUUGUAAUUCUGUUUAUUAUAACGUAUUAAAUAUAAAAUGGCACAACAAAAUGAAUAUUUAGAUUUUUCUGGCCUAUUUAAGUUGGAUGUUUUUUUACAUCUUGAUAUUGAUACAUACAGUUACUAUGAAGUGGGUCUAAAGAAAUAUUUUGCAUUUUCAAGUGCCAAAGAGUUAAUAUUUAUAUAUAUUAAUCAGCAAGGAGAGCGGUUUGAGAAGAAUUAUGAUUGGGAUUUUUUAGAUAAUCCUGUUUAUUCUAUGUGUUUCGAACCCAGCGGUACUUGGGUUUUGAUAAUAAGUGAACAAAAAGUAUUACUCGUACCUUUCCUGCCAUUAUUUAUACCUCAAAAUACUUUUGAUCACAAAUGGUCAUUGUCUAGUGUAACUGUUUUACUACUUAAUAAUAUUCCAAGACCAACAUCUGUUGUCUGGUGGCUGACAAAGGAGUCUCAAAAUAUUAUAAUUAUUGGAUCAAAGUCUGGGGGAAUAACAUUUUAUUCCCUGGAAUCCCAGAGUACUGUUGGAGAAUGCAAGGUGUCAGGUGAAAUUAUUGACUUGCAGAUAUGUUUUGAUGACUCACUAGAUUUGUUAGCUCUUUUGAUAUCUAGUGGUAAAUUUCAACAAUGGAAGCUAGUGCUAGAACACAGGUCAUUUGGCUACAAUUGGCUCCAACAAACAAGGGCGCAAACAGACAAAGACAAGAGAGAUAGUUUCAUGUCCUUGAUAAAACAGUUGUCAAAAGAUAAAAUAACAUUUUUCAUUCAAGGUGGAUCUAAAGAUGACAAUAAAUCACAAACAGUAGAGCAUGCUUUAAAGCCUACUGAGUACUUACCAUUAUUUCGUAAAGGUUCCAAUAAUUGGGCACUCACAGCACAAUAUGUAAAUGGUAGACAUUUCUUAACUGCAUUUGAAUUAAAUGAAGGCACUUUAAUACUUGAAAGCCCUGAAGAGCAUACACCAUCCAGAUCCCUGAGACCUUGCAUAAAGAAUGACAACCUAUAUAUACAGGGCCUAUGGUCUCAAAGACUUAUUUAUCUUUUAAGAAAAAAUGAGUUGGAAGUUCAUAGUGCAAAUUUUUCUGCAAUUCAGGGUGAUGCCUUAUUAGGUGCAAAGCGAGAAUUUUCUGAAUUAUGGAAGGCAGAGUUAAUAGGCGAUGUUCGUCGGGCUCACUUGAUGUCUGCAAAAGAACCAACUACCAUUGCAGGAGGUUGGGUUGAGCCAACCUUUUUAUGUGAUUUACAGCUUCCCCGAUUUAAUAUCGAACCUUGUCUAAUUAUAACAAAUUGUGGUGCCUAUAUUAUGAAUACUGUAUGUGACCCGUGCGAGUGGCUAGUGGGUCUGAUAAUGCGUGGCGGUGUAGGGGCGGAGCGGUCAGCCGCAGCACUCGGUGCACCCGUGCCUGCACUCUUGCGGGCAUCCGCCGACAUGUUGCUUUCGCGUGGUAACAUCGCGCCUGCCCAUUACCUCUACUCUCUAUCGCAGAGUCACCCAGAUGGAUGGAUAGCUCGUCUAGGUGUGUUUGGACGACUUCAUGAAUUGUCCAUGUAUAAACAUGUUAGUAAUACCGGCAGUCUAGGGAAUGGUGCCAUUACAAUAAAAUUGUUAGCAAUACUUUUAAAAAUGGGAACAAACCAUGAAGAAAAAUUCGACAUGGAUACAAAAGUUACUGCAUUGAGUACUACCGAGUUGUUUGAAUUGUCUUCGAUAGCUGCUGCAAUAGGCUUAUGGGAUUUAGUGCCGACGUUCAGUGUCCAUCGUGGCUUUCCACAUCUAUUACUAGCGGCUAUAAAGUCACGCAGUGAUAUAUGUAGAGGCGCACUGAACUGUCUAAUACGACAUCAAUGCAUUAUACCUUUACUCCUUGAAGAAAAUGCUCAAUGGCUCUUUGAUUUUAUUGUGGAAAAGUGUUAUAAAUUUGAUACAACUAUAUUGAAGGAAUUAUGUUUAUGGUUGAAUCCUUUACAAGAUCAAUUACGUCCAAUCAUUCGUGAUAUGAAGCAGGGUAUUACGUCAAUUUAUACUACAAGAAUGUUAUAUCUAAUAGCAACGUUCAUGCACGUUGUGUGCGCCAUCGAGUCUCGUCAUCCAUGCCCGGAUAUAAACUUGGAAGUGAUGCAGGCUCCAGAGACUUGGAAAAGCCAUUUUACUCCUAAAAGAGCUGUGAGUUGCGGCUUAGCUCACUGGGCUGUGGCUGAUGAAGGGAAUGCUAAAAUAUUUAUGACUAACACACCUGUAAAUACAGAAGUGAUCGGAAGAGUGGUAGAUGUAGCCUGUGGCAGACAUCACACACUUGUGCUCACUGAAAAUGGGGUGUACGCUGCGGGCGACAACUCGUUCGGUCAGCUGGGUGUAGGUGAUGCGUGGGCGGGUGGCACGGGGGAUGCGGCGAGUGCGGGGGGAACUCUACUAUCGUUGCCGUAUCAGUGGCCUGCACCACUCGUGUCGCUCUCCGCUGGGCACUACCACUCUGCCGCGCUCGACGUCGGUGGACGACUGUACACAUGGGGAUGGGGUAUACACGGUCAACUAGGUCUCGGCACCAUAGACAACCAAUGGGUACCACAAUUGGUUACAAAACUUCAGGGUAGAAAGGUAUGCGCGGUGGGCUGCGGCGCGUGCCACACGGUGGUGCUGACGAAGGGCGGCGAGGCGUGGGCGAUGGGCGCGGGCGUGUUCGGGCAGCUCGGCAGCGGCGCCAGGCACAAGAGUUCGCUGCCCAUCCGCGUCGCACUGCCCGCCACCGCUGCACCGGUGUGCCACCUCGCAGUUGGAUACUUCCACAAUUUGGUGUUAACUACUAAGGGGGAGGUGUGGUGUUGGGGCGCCAGUCCGCAGCAGGUGCGCGCGGCGCACGCGCGGCACUCGGCGGGCUCGCCGCCCCCGGGGCCCGCGCCCGCGCCCGCGCCCGCCGCCCCUCCCGCCGUCCCCGAUCCACCCUACGAGCCGCACCUGUUGCCGCAGCUCGUCGACACGCAGAAUGUACGCGGCCGCGUUGUAAAGUUGGCAGCUGGAUGGCAUCACUCAUGUUUGGUGGAUAACUAUGGCACCAUAUAUUCUUGGGGCCUAAACUUUGAUGGUCAAUUGGGUAGUGGAGAUAGAAAACAAGUGCAGAUUCCUACCGAAAUAAAAAUUCGAACAGAACAAGAAGCAACUGAAAAAACUAGCAACUCCAAGUUGCUAGAAGUAGAAAAUUCCGACGUGUACACCAAAGUGUUGGUUGCUUGCGGUGGAGACUUCACGGUAUUUGUGGAUGAGGAUGGGAAAAUCUAUGCGAGUGGCAAUACUCACUUACAGCACACUCAUAACGAGAAAGAUAAAGGAAGCAAUCGUGUUAUUAUGAUGAAGACUACGAAGCGAAUAAUUAAAAUACCAGCGAACCGAAACAGCAAUAAGUUCCUGUUUCAACCUAUAGACAGAUUGGAUAUAAUGUUCCCCUUCGACCUGGAAGAUAAGAAACGAGAUAAUAUUGGACCUCGAAUGAAUCCAUUGCGUUCAUUAGAUGACUUUAACAAGACAUCGUGGGCCGAUGACCUUAUUUUGUUACUAAAACCAUGGAUCAGCCAAGAAAAUUUAUCCGCGAAUUUAAAUGUAGCAGCGAAAUUGGCCUACCAUAACAAAAUGUAUGCGGACUGUCUAAAAUUAUUUUUAGAUAACUUAAAAUAUACACCGCAGGAAAAUGGAACUUACGUUACUCACGCAGAAUUAAAAGAUCAUGAAGUUUCAUACAAUGAAAAAAAGUAUACACACAAAGAUGAGCUUAAAAUAGCGAUAACAAAUAUAAUGUCGAAAAGAAUUAAAGAUAUUUCAUUGAAAAUUCUCAAUGAAAAACCGUAUCCGGAAAUUGAUCCUGCGACGUAUCGAUCUUUACCAUGUUGUUGUGAUGAGCUCCAAUAUCUUCCAAACAAUUCAAUAUCGAAAUGUAAUAUAAAUUUACCCCAAGUUGAUCUGUCUCAUAAAGCGGCUAUCGUUAUCGACAAAUGUAUUAGCCUAUUUCCUAUCGAUACAAAUCUCUGGGAGGUUUGCUUCCGACUUUCAAAAGAUUUUUAUAUCGAUAACAAUCUUUCCGUUUCGGAACUUGAAACGGUUUUACGUAAAUAUAUGGAAACAAACGCAACUACUAUGGCUGCGGCUAUAAUGUACUCGAAUGAUUGCGCUCAGUACAGUGAGAUACUGACGCCCAAGUUCUAUUUGAAUAUGUGCAAUAAAGUUUUAGAUACAUGGGGAUGAAAGUACUUUGUACUUAUUGAGGUGACCGUUAGAAAAGUGAUGAUAAUAUUUGAUGAUAUUAUCCUGUUGUCUUGAACAGAGUAGGUACUGGUACAUUAUGAGAAUUUAUAAUGUACAACAAUCUCAAUCAUAAAUUAGUAAAAAUCGUAUUUGUGCAUUGUAAGAAUAUAAUUAAUAAAGCUUAAAGUAUCCGUCUAUCUUUUGCCAGGCCUUUUACGUCAUAGAUAGAGAUAAUAUAAUAGUAAAGAAAAAGGUGUAAUUUGUAGUGAUAUGCCCAUGAUCGGUUAUAGAUUGUCUAUUUCAUGACCGAUAGUUGUCUAUUUCAUGCUACUAAAAUACUAUAAUAAACUUUCUCUCGCUUCAUAUAUCAGGUUUUUGGGAAUAUUAUUACUCCCAUCAGAGCCUAAAAAUAUUUUUAUACUUCUGAAAAAUUGUAAAUAAUUCACUUCCUACUCCUGAUUCUCAAGAUUAAUUCUCAUCAAGAGCCCAUUUUUAUUCGGUUAUCUUUUUUUUUACUUUAUUAUCAAGAUGUGCUUUUGACACAAAAUAGAUAUAGUAUUAAAAGUAGUUUACAGUUGUAAUGAAAUAUUAUUCCUAGAGAAAUGUACAUCUCAUUCAUUAUUUAUUAUUAGUUAUGAAUAUUAGCAGCUGUACUUAUGGAACAUAUCGUUAAGCUUCCAUAUUCCUUAUAUUUUUUUCGGAAUCUAAUAUGUAUAACUAAUUUAUCCAAAUAACGAAUGAAUUUAUCAAUUUUUUUUGUUCUGGGUGUAGUGUGUAUUUUCUUUGUAAGGAACAUUAUAUUUUUUUAAUGUAUGUAUAUCAGAAUAUUUGUAAGUUAAACUUAGCUUGUUGGAUUGUUUUGUAAAAUAAAAUUUAUUAUUCGUCAUGUCAAUUCUAUAAAAUACGUAUGGUAGCUACAAACUGUCAAUAAAUUAUUUAACAAUCGGAUUUUUGUAAUUUUGUCACGUCCAUUGUUUCAUAACUACUAUGAGAAUCAAUUAAGUAGCUAGUUUACAUAGGUAAAUGGCUAUUUGAAAUAAGAAUGAAAAAUAAUUUUGUAUAUAUUUAGUUGACUUUGUUAAGUCCAACAACUAUAUAUUUUGACAGACAAGUGCCAUUGUUGUAAUAUAAAACAUCUAUAUGUAUUAUUGAUUUAGAAAUUUAGAUCUAAAUUGAGCCUAUAUUAUAAUGAAAGUAAAGAUUAAUGCAUCUGACGGUAGACAUAUCUCCACUUAUUUCAUAUCUGUUAAAUAUUUUUGAUGAAAAAGUUAUAAACAAUGAUCAGGUUAUAAUUACCUGCUUAGUUUCUUAUAUUAAUUAUUGUAAUUGGAUGUUAUUUCGCUUAGAUUUGAUAUAAGAUGUCUAAUUAUGUUAUUGGUUACAAAGUAGCGCGAUGUUUCUAAGUAGGGUUGUAGUAUUGGUUUUUAUAAAUUCGAUGUUGCUGUUUUAUUGUUCUUUGUUGAAUUUAUUUUAGUACAAUUUUGCACCAAUUUUAUGUAUAUAAUUGUUUGUGUUUCGAUUUCUUGACGGAACUUAUACCGAUAUAAUCGUACGAUCGGUAAUUUUUGUGAUGUUUACAAUGUUAGUGUUUGUAUAUUUAUAUUUUGUCAAAAGCUCUUAAGAGUAAAUUUUUAUUUAUAUCUUGAAUAUUUCAAAUAAUGAUGGAGAAAAAACAAAUAGUAUUUUUUUCCAAUGGGUGAUAAUAGAAUGGUAACCCUACCUAUGCUAACGAUGUAUGUUGGCGGGCCACCAAUGAGAGAUAAUAGGUGAGGAUGACGAGGCAGGUUAGUCAGCCCAUCGAUAUGAAUUCACAUUGAAUUUAGUUUCCAGGAGGGGAUGUGUUGGGGUCGACCUAACAAGGUAUAUUUCUAGCAACGUUACUGGUAGGUUCUAUUAGUAACAAUCCAAGACAAACGAAUAUAGUAAAAUAGCUAUAAACAAUUUAUUUUUCUGGAAUCAUACAGCUUACUACCAUCAUUUAUUAAAUGAUGAUUCUUGUCUAUUACUCGAGUUAAAAAUUUGUGAUGCCUUUUUAAUAAUUUGAUCAACUAUAAAAAUAUUGUUCUAUUAUAUUUUCUUCACAUUAGAUUUUCUUAGGAGUACAGAUUACCUAUAGAGUACAUUUUUAUGUAUUUAUCCAAUAAAAACAAAAACUACAAAUAAAGCACCCAUCGUUAUUUGAAAUAGAAAAUAUAGUUUUAUUAAUAGUAAAAUUAUGUAAUUAUUGUGAUAGUGAUAAUGUUUUCGCAAAUUGUAUUUUUUCUAGUCAUUAUUUGCAAUUGUAGAGCUUUUUGUAAUACAAUACUAAUUUAACAAAUGUGUUGUUGACAUUGUUUUUUAUUUAUAUUAACAAAUGGACUAAUGUGUUUAUUAUGUAA